GACAAAAACGUAAAAAUUAUCACUGAAAAUUGUAGAGAAAAGUAGAGAAGAUGUACACAAGUGCACUUAAAAGAGCAAUCACCCGCUAUCACGUGCUGCCUUGUUUGGAUGCCAUUUUGAUGGUUGAUGGUAUAAGCAUAGGUGGUUGCUUAUGAAUGUCGAGUUUCGUUUAAGGCGUCUUUGUUGAUGCUUUACGGUGCAAUUAUGUGCCUGUAUAUUUACUUUUCGCAUCUCACAUUGAGUAUAAUAAUGUCUAGCACAAUAUGGGCAAGAAUUUGUAUGUGCUAAUCAACGUUUUAAAUAUUUAUCAAUUCUAAGUGAUCAGUCUACAUAUCAGAAAUCUGAUUGAAAAUGGCAGAUGAUCCAAAUCGUGAUAUUUUGCCCGUAAAGGAAGGCUCUUGCGCAGACACAAUUAUUAGUUUGAUAGAUCCUAGGGAACGUCAUCUCGUUUGCAAGCUCGAUCGUUAUCAGUUAGAGGAUAAGUAUCUACGUUUACUGGACGAGGCAAACAAUCUGAAGAAAUUAUCGAAUUGCCAGGAAGACAAGAUUAAGCGGCUCGGUACAAAAUUAAUUAGAUUAGCCAGUAAUCCAAGAUCGUGUGGAUUAUCGUUAGAUAUUGCUGACGAUAGAAGAAUAACUGCGCUAGAGCUUGAAAAUACCAAGUUGAAAGAGAAAAUCGGCGUGAUGAGAAAUCAAUUGUUGAGUCAUACGAUGAGCGGUAGAUCAUCAUCGCGCAGUCGUAAUCUCGUUAGACCAUCGUCUUCCGGACUCGUGACGUGCCGAAGUGAGAAUAAUCGCACGAGAGUACCAUCAUGUCAAUGUAUCGUUGGGGCAGGAGAUGACGAUAACGACAUGCGAAAUUGCCUCCUUAAAAUCGAGAAACUGGAGGCGCAGAAGAAAGAUAUGGUAUGUCGUAUAACAGAGUUAGAGAAAGAGCUGGCGCUUUCCACUAGCACUCAAAGGGAAAAGAUAGCGGAGAAUGUGGAGUAUAUACGAGUUUGGCGACAGAUGAAGCAGCUGAAUGAUAAACUAAUGACGGCUCAAGAAAAAAACGCUGCGUUGACUACUGAAAUUAACGACUUGAAAACGACUCUUGAACAGACGACGAAGAAUAAUCAGGAGAUUGCGGCCGCUCUUUCAUCAGAGAGGACACGAAUAGCCGAGAUCGAUCAUCAGAUGUUAAAUGCGAAAAAUUCACAGCUCACAUUACGCGAGAAAGAUGAACAGAUACGGGAUUUUAUGAAUGAAAUUAAGAUAUUGCAACAACAUAAUAACGAGCUUAUCGCGCUUACUUCGAAAUAUAGUCAAGUCGAAUUCGAAAAUGUAGAAUUAAGAAAAAAGCUUUCUGAAAAUGCUCAGGAUCAACAAAACUUGAAAAUUGCAUUCAAUAACGAGCAGGCUAACAUUGUAUCAUUAAAGGCAACGAAUGAGCGAUUGCUCGUAAAACUUCAGGAAUUGCAGACAAACAUAGAUGCCUUGACGGUACAAGUAACGUCUUUUCCUAAGCAAAACGAAAAAUGCGACGAUAUUUCAAAUAUGGCACUAUCAUCAGACAUAAAGCAAUGUAUGAAAUGUUGUGAAAUGUACGAUAAAAUGAUACAGCUGGAGAAACCUAUCGGCAACUCGCGAGAAAAUUUACAAUUGGUGGAUAAAUCAGUACAGGCAAUAAUCAUCACUGCCAGCAUAAACGAACAAAGUAUAGUGACGAGAAGUGAAGAGAAAAAAAAUGAGGAGAAGGUAUCAUUGCAAUCGCCGUUGAAAGAAUGGAAGACGAAUCAGGAAACAAAUGGCAAAAAUGUUUUGUCCCGCGAAAAAAUAUUAAAGCUGUUGGAUCAAGCGCAAAUUAACACACCUUUGGACGCGUCGAGAAUCGCCUCAAAAGAAGAAUAUAUGGGUAUUUUGGAUAUAGCUCAGAGGCACAGCGAUGGAGAAAUAUCUUCUCGAUUACUUCGUGACGAAUCAAAUCUUGAGAGUUCACGAAAAAGGCUCGCGGAGAAUCCAAACCUAACGUUAAAUCAAAUGUUUCUGAUUUUAUUCGACGUUUUGCAAGAAUAUAUAGCGACGUCUAGCAAUACUGACGAAAAAAUAUUUUCAAGUCACCAAGUUUCUACGAUCAAGGAUUCGCUAAUUGAUGUUAACAAUAAUAAUAUUUCUGUGAUGUCUACUCGUAUUAAGCAAAAUCGUUCUUGCUCGGACGUAGCUCAGACAAAUUUCGAUUCCGAUCGUGGUUGUAUGAGCUUUGCUCCUCAACCAACCGCCGUUGACACCAAGAAUUAUAGAAAUUUCAUGUGUGAAAAGAAAUCUGCAACUGUCUUAAGGAAAGACCCGUUUGAUGUUCAAUUUUCUCCUAUGAUUCACGAGAAGUUCAGAAAAUCAUCGUACCGCGAUAUUAGUAAAGACUUCUGCGCAGAAAAACCUGUAAAGAAACUGAAGAGAUUAAAGCCGCAUUAUCCUAAAUGUAAUUUAACGUGCAAUUUGCGCAAAACGAAGGAUCCGUUGUUGCUGGAAGAGAAGCAGAAAUUACCCUGUAAAAUUGAAUGUCUAAAUGACAGUAUGAGAUUGCCAGCGUGCCCAACGGAAGGCUUUCCUCUAUUAAUUACCGAUAGACAAGGUCUCAUCGAGAUUCACAUUUCGCGACUGCAACUUUCCACAUCGCGUCUCGAAAAAGAUAUGAUAAUCAUUGAAGUAGCAAGCAUACAGCUUCUGGAUGAAAGCUCUAUCAUGCAAGAUGAUGAAAUACAAUUGCUUUACGUGGAGUAUUCCUUCCUUGGGCAUCGCGGCGAAGAUAUGGAGACUGCUUCUGUGAGAAAACCAAAAACAGCUAGUCAAGAAAUGUUUUAUAAUUUUAAGAAAAAAUUUCGAAUAAACGAAAAGACACACUCUAUGGAGAGAAAUAAUUUACGCUCUAUGUUGACUGAAUCUAUAAGUCCAAACGUCAAAUUUAUUAUCAUUAGCGAACCUUUACCCGAGGAAGCUGAAGUUAAAGAAUGCGAGCAGGUCGGUUAUGCAAUUUUUAAUAUAAAAAAAUAUGCACUUGGUGAUGAUCGCAAACAUGUGUCGUUAUCAGUCAAGGAUAAUCGAAAUAGACAAGUUGGUACGCUAAAGAUCGUUGUGUCGGGUUUUGAUGCCAUUCUACAAUGUUUAUCGGAUGUUAAGUAAUUGUGACAACAAAACAAUGUUAUGCAAUGU